AUGACUUCCUUUCUGGAGUUAACGGCCGAAGGGGAGACUAGCCCUCUGCUCACAGGCUGCUGCUGCCGAGCGAAAGAGGUCAUAAACCGAGACCUGUGCGGCGGGUCUCAUCCACAACUCGGCAUUCGUGGCGAGGAGGGGACACUGGAGGUGGAAGACGCCUCAGGAUUUUACUCUCCGCUUCUGUGCACCUCUUCGGACAGCCCUCCUCCUCCUCUCCAGGCUCUGGAGGGCUUCUCGGCACCGGCCUGCCCCCACUCGUCCCGUGUCCCCUGGCGGUGCAGGGCGCAGGGGCAGGGCUCUCCAGGACGCGGAUACUGCGCGUCAAACGACGACGCGCGGCGCUGCGCUUUUGGGUCACUUGCAGAACAAAUUCAACUCUAUUCCAGCAACGGCCCCGAGAUUCACGUCGCCGUGGGAAGUUCGGCCAACUCGGACUGUAGCGGAGCUGGUCCGGAUGGAAGGAGUAAAACUUUUGGGUGGAUGAGAGUGAAAAGGAGUCAGCAGCGGGCGGCCAGGAUGCACAUGACCUGUGGGUUCAGCCUGGUUGGCUCGGGCCUCGGCGUGGCGGAGCCCGGAAGCCGGAGCGUCUGCACGGACGCUCAUCCCACCGUGAACGGGGCCCCGAGGACCAGCUACAGCACCAAGCAGCUGACCGAGCUGGAGAAGGAGUUCCACUUCAACAAGUACCUGACGCGGGCCAGGCGGGUGGAGGUGGCCAGCGCCCUGCAGCUCAGCGAGACGCAGGUGAAAGUUUGGUUUCAGAACAGACGCAUGAAGCAGAAGAAAUUGCAGCGAGACGGGCUGCUCCGCGACCCGAGGCCCGCGGCUGCGCACUCGUACGGCGGACACACUCUGGACACCUGCCCCUCUCCAGGACCGACCUCUCCCUAAAACAAAACAAAACAAGAAGAUAAAAAAAAAAGAAAAUAGAAAAAAAGAAAAAGAAAACACCUGCCUCCCCCUCCCUCCCUCCACCUCUGAACUGAACAUGCAGGAGCUGCGUCGUGCGUUACGCGGCAGCCUGCAGAUGUUUUGAUUCGCGUUUGCAUCGGUUUCAAUCAGGCUUCACCUUUAUUUGCUUACCACGAUGAAUGCUCGUCGCAAGAAGCGCGAUGGCAAGUUUCUUCAUGCAAGAGCGGGUGAAAACGAUUUGUCAUCCUCCCCCGGCUUCAGACUGGCGCUCUGAUUUGAAUAUUAAAAUUCAAGUCAUUCCAUUGCGCUGCUGCCUACACAAUGUAAACGAAGAUACAAAACGUAUAUUAAUUGUGCAUAGAAGCUGUGGCCUAUUUUCUUAUUUAUUUUGGACAAUUUAUUCAGGAAAUGACUUUACUUGAAUAUAUUUAUUCAACAGGACACGUGCGUGUAGUAUUUUGGUUGUUGGUUUCAAAUGACAAAUUAUUAUUAUUUUCUUAUUUAUUUAUUCAAGAAUCAGCCCACAUGUUGUCAUGUUUAUUUUAUCGAAACAGAAAGACAAUCCUUUUGACUAACUAUUUGCAGAAUUUUCAGCAACUUGUGCAUCAGAUCGCUGCUGCUUUCUCCAUGGAGCUUUAUUUCUCUAUUUAUUUGUCUCUUACAGCCCACUUUAGCGCACGGAUGCACCUGUUGUAGCCUUUAACACGCUUGUUAGAAGCCUGCUGUUAGAGCUCCAAUGCUGAUUUACUCAUUUCCCCCCGAUUUUUUAAAAAAAGUUUUCAUUAUCUUCCUUCCUGGCAAAGAUUAAAAUGCCCUAAUUGAUGCAACGAUUUAUUGAUCGCUGGCAGAAGAGUAUCGAUCCGCAGUGAUCCAUCCGCAAAUCUGGGAGCAUCUGCAUGCAUCUGUAACUGCACGUUAAUGGAAUGUAGAAACAUCACGAUCGGGAGUUGUUGCCUCUUUUUAUUACCCUUAUACAUGCAUCAGAAAAUGAUAAUUUAGCUUGAACGCUCAUGCGGGAGAACAGACAAUAAAAACGAUGCCUGCGCUGUUUUGCGCAUCAACCAAUAAAAGUGCGUGGCCCCAGCAGCUCGAGCACAGCUAAAUAUUCCUUCCAGAUUCACAUCUCAUCUCAUAUAAAGUAAAUGAUAGUAAACACGGCCCUUAAACACUGUUAGAGUCCCGCUAUUUCUUUUUUUCUCUCUCUUUUUUAUCACGUUAAUGUCUCUUUUAAUAUUAAGAUAUGGGCCAUGAGCCACAUUAAUUCUGUGUGAGGGAAUAUUUUUGUUAAGCUUUCAAUUAGCGUGUUUGCACUGAAUGUGAAGGUGGCUGGAUGCAAAAUGGAUAUUAAUCUUAACAAGGAAUUAAAAUCAGCUAUUGCAGAUUAGAGCAAAAAAAAAAAAACGUGCACCAAUAAUCCUGAAUUAAUUAGGUCUGUUUGAAAGCUUUAACAGGUGUCCUGCAAAUGAAAUGCUGCAGAAUAUUCUAAUAUGAAAAUAAGACAAUUGCAGCUCUGUGGAGUGCAGGAGUGGACAUGAAGGCUGCAAGGCCAAGCUAAUGUAUGCAGUCACACCAGAGUUCACCCCUCACCUCCUGACCUUUGUCUUGCCUCGGGACAACAGUGACCCGGUCAGCAGCUCAGAUAGAGAAAGAUGCGCCAUUAAUUUGGGUGACCUCCAAGUCUGAGCUUUUUCUUUCUUUCAUUCUCUCACUCUUUUUUUUUUUUUUUUCUUCUUUCCAGCAAGCAGCUCUGAACGCUUUUGUUCUGGCGGUGGGCUUCUCUAUGUCCACACAACAAUAUUUCAUGGAGCUGAAUAGAAAAGCGACCAGGCCAUAUGAUAAUUGUUCAUAUUAUAAUUCCAUACCAGGCCAGAUAAUGCAUUUUCCCCCUCCUUACACCUAGAGCUAACCUAAUUUUUGCCCUAUCUCUUAUUUUAAUGAGCCAAAAAAUGUACUUCUACUGGCUCACUUUAUAAACUGGAUAAAGGAGUCUUUUCAUCCAAUAGUUUGUUUUUUGUUUUUUUGGAUAUAAACUAGAGACUUUUUUUUUUAAAUAGCAAAGCUGAAAAAUUAAAGUUACUUGAGCAUUCUUAAUACUAUUCCAUGUCAGAGGCAGCAUAAACAAAAUUUGGAACAGCCAUUCAUUAGAUGCUCACAGCUUAUUUAUUUCAUGCAUAUUCGCUCGAAUAAUUUUUAAGAACACACAUUAAUCCCCUCGAAACAAUAUCUUUUACAAUGUUCAUCUCAUGAAUAUUAAAGGACAGCUAGAAAAGAAUAAAAGUUCAAACUUAAAGGAGAGGAGCUGUCAUUUUAAAGUAGUUUUUUUUUGUUGUCUUGUAAUUGAUAAGAAUAAUUUCACAUGCAAGCAGGACUAAAAAUGUGCUGAGCCCAAUUUAUUUUGAAUUUGCAUUUAAACAAAACACACACCAUUAAGGUCGCCUUCCUCUAAACAAAAUAGUGCAAAGUGGAAUGUUUAACAAAACCAUCAAAUGUGUUCGUCUUUUCAAUGCAAAGUGUGUGAAGGUUACGAGGAUGAUGAUGAUGAGGACAAUGAUGUUGAACUAAUGCGAUGAUGAAGCCUGCGACUAUGAAAUUGGUCUCUCAUGUCCACUGUUCCUACUGAGAAGUGUGUUGCGUUGACCUUAUUAGAAACUCUUUUAUCAUCUGUGCAAAUAUGUUCCCUUGCCACGGGGGCUUCGAGUUACAGGUUGCAAUGUGCACAGAGGAUGCUUGCAGCAGGUGUGCCCUCACACUUCUUUGUUCAAUCCUAACUUACUUCAUUGCUGUUUUUACUCUGUAACAGAUUCACUUGGUAAUACAACUGUUUAAGCAGCAGUAGCAAAAAAAGAAAAUGUCUAAAAGCAAAAACUUAUUGUGAAUUAUAAGGUUGAGGUGAAGGUGGGCGAAAAAAAAGGGAGUUGAUUUAUUUUGGGUGAACUAUCACUUUAAUUUUAUUCUGUGGCAGCUUCAGCAUUUGCGUCUCAAUUGAUGAAAGGAGAACUGCAUUGUUUGUUCAGACCUGACAUUUACUUUGAAAGCAUUUGAGUGUGACUCUACCCUGAUGAAUUUGUGCUCUUCUGUAAUUCCUUACUGAAGAUGUACGGUGGGUUCACAAGACUGACAGCUGUGCAGUGCUGAAACACACACGUAAACAUGGCUAAUAGAAGGAAAGUAAAAGCCAAAUAACUCUGAUCAAAAUGUAUUACCACUGCAUGUAGUAACAGUGUUGAUGCUGCAUGAGUUAAAAUUUUCUUUACUUUUAUUUUUCUCUACUAUUUAUUCAAGGCAACAAUUUCUCAUGAUGAAAUCCAACCCAAAAAUCUACUUUAUUCAACUCAUUUGUUUAAAUCAAUAAGAAACACAUUUAUAAUUAAAUGGUUAUUUGUAAAAAAUAAAAUUAAAAAAAAGUUCCUUGCAACAUUUUUUUGGGGGAUAAAACACUCCUGAACACAAAACUCACGACUGAGAUUAUCAAAGUAAAUCCGGUGAAGUGUUAGCACAUGAUGAAUGAGACGAUCGACAGCCUCUAUUUUCCUCUGUAUUCGAGUGCAAGUUAGCUGAUGUGGGCAGCUGUUACAAUUCUCCUGAGGAUUAUUGCGUGGCAUGAGAAAUGAGAGGAACAUAUGCAUCGUACAGAAAGCCUUACAUUACGUUUUAAAUGAACACAUAUAAGUGGGUUCCUUCUGAGCUCAUUGUAAUUAAUGCUAAGUUGACCUAAAAUUAACUUAAUGCAUAUUAUGCAUGUAAUAUCCUCACCGGAGCUCAGGGGAAUGAAAUCAAUUGAUCACGUUAAGCUCUUUCUAACUCUGUGUGAAGCACUUAUAGAUAGCUCAGUUGUUGUUGUAAUUAUUUGAAUGUUCUCCUCCCUUUUUAAAAAAUUUCUGCUUGUCUGA